GGCGGGACCGGAAGGUGGUCUCCCAGGGUCGCGGGUCUUCAACCCGGCAUCCGCUGGGGAAUGUUGAGGGCUGUCGGUAUGUCUGCCGAGCGGAGCGUCGGGUUGGCGCUGCGGGCCGUGAACGAGCGCGUCCAGCAGAGCGUGGCGCGGCGGCCGCGGAAUCUUCCAGCCAUCCAACCCCGGCUAGUAGCAGUCAGCAAAACGAAACCUGCAGACAUGGUGAUUGAAGCCUAUGGCCAUGGCCAGCGCACUUUUGGAGAGAACUAUGUUCAGGAACUACUAGAAAAAGCAUCAAACCCUAUGAUUCUGUCUUCAUGCCCUGAGAUCAAAUGGCACUUCAUUGGCCAUUUACAGAAACAAAAUGUCAACAAAUUGAUGGCUGUCCCCAACCUCUUUAUGCUGGAAACCAUAGACUCUGUGAAGUUGGCAGACAAGGUGAACAGUUCCUGGCAGAAGAAAGGUUCUACUGAGCGACUAAAGGUUAUGGUCCAGAUUAACACCAGUGGAGAGGAGAGUAAACACGGCCUUCUGCCUUCGGAGACCAUAGCCUUGGUGGAACAUAUCAAGUCCAGUUGUCCCAGCCUGGAGUUCGUGGGGCUCAUGACCAUAGGAAGCUUUGGCCAUGAUCUUAGCCAAGGACCAAACCCAGACUUCCAGCUGCUACUGUCCCUGCGUCAGGAGCUAUGUGAAAAGCUGAGCAUCCCUGUGGACCAGGUGGAGCUGAGCAUGGGCAUGUCCAUGGACUUCCAGCAUGCUAUUGAAGUAGGAUCUACAAAUGUCCGGAUAGGAAGCACGAUUUUCGGAGAGCGGGAUUACUCGAAGAAACCUGCCCUAGACAAGACUACAAGAGAACUGAAGGCCUCAGUGCCUCUAGUGCAAGAACAGUGACGCCAGGACAGCUAAAAAGAUCAACUAUGCACCAGCCUAGGUUUCAUUUUGGUGUUCCGCAUGUCCCCAAUCCCACUCUUCCGCGGCCUGUGUAGAGCGCUGAGGAUUACACGUGUUGACGGAGACCACCUGUGCUUAGCCUCUGCUCCAGGAAGCUCAGUUCAAGCACUGGCUUAGGCUUGAAUUUGAGGAGUUCUGAGACUUCUGAACUGACACCAAAUCAGUAGCCAGGAACUGAGAUUGAACAAACACUGCCCAGGACCACCCAACCCUCCAUGAAUGCCUUUUCCAGAGUGUCUUUUGGGUUGCUGCUGUCUAUAAUCAAAAGAAAAUCAAAGGGAUUCCCAUUUUCCAUUCUACCAUAAUAGAGUUGUUCUUACAAGUUCCCACUGAACAGUCCCAUCACUACUCUGGAAUGGGGUAUUUCUGCUCCCAGUUCACACUCUGGCAAGUAGAUGUGUCUGGUCACGGCUCCUCUGUGGCCCUGACCCGAAAUUCCAGGGUAACUUGUAAAUAGCACUUGAGCCUUUCUGACAUCGUGUCGAAAAGGUGGUACUUGGAGCUUUUUCCUUGGGGACCACAGUGAUGGAAAAUGAGUGACAGGACUUCUUCCCCAUCAUUUUCUGGGUUUCAGACCGUCCCACUUGGAAACAGAAGCCCUUCAAAGCCAAUUCUGGUGCACAGUUUUAAAAGGCCUGACUUGCUUUUUCUUUUCUGGGGAAGUAUCUCCCAGGUGUACUUACAGCCACCCCCAAAACAUACACAUAUUUAGAAGCCAGAAUUCUGCAGCUCUUGAUUGUUCAUAAUGUAAUGAGAGCCUCAAAACUGAGGAAGCCCUGGGCAUAACAGCACCUGCCUGUAACUGUGGAAAAUGGGAGGUGUGGGCAGGAAGAUCGGGAGUUCAGCAACAGACAAAGGCUAAAUGACCCUUAUCUAAAAACUAAUGAAGUAGAAAGCACAAUUCUGCAGUAAUCACAACAGCUUCAGUGUGGGCUGCUCAUUUCCUGAUAGCUUUUUCUCUCAUUUACCCCAGCCCUCUUCCCUCGUUUAACAAAUACCUUCAGAACCUGCUGCUACUGAAUGUAAUUUUAUAAACUUAAACCGCUCUGAUUCCUGUUCUGUUUCAAUCAAAGCUAGCGUGGCAUUUCAGAGUCUGUUAAAUACAAAUGUGAGCUUGAAUUAUACCAUCUGUGCCAACUCUAAAGCAAUUAAAGAUUUAUUUUUAUGA